AUGGUUUCGAAAUUAUUAACACGUACUCCACUCGAACAGCUUUUCAAGAAAAACGAUACCUCGAUCGCAUUAAAAAAGGUCAAACAAACCGAUCAUGGUUCAUCAUUUUGGUCACGAUUUAGCCUCGUGUUUGUGAACGAUGUAGGUCAAAAUUUCGUAAUAUGCGACAAAUGUCGAACAAUUGUUACCUAUAAAAGUUCAACUGGUACUGGUGGUUUAAAGAAACAUUUAGCAUCAUGUGACAAAAUUACAUUAUCAAAUACUACACAAUCAACUAUAACAACAUAUUAUACUACUAGCAAAUAG